AUGGCUUCAAGAACAGCCUACACUGCGCUCACGCCUGAGUAUGCCGAGUUCCCGAAUGGCGUCGGGGAUGUGCGGGGGUCUCCAUCCUCCCGUAUGGAGGUGGAAAAUGCACCGGGGACGUCGUCGUCGUCGCGGCACGAAAUCGGUGGGGGUCGGCCGAAGGAGGAGCAUGAGCAUGACCGUGAAUACGACGACGAGGACGACGAAGGCAGCAUACAGCUACUCGACGACGAGGACGACGAUCAGGCUGCUAUGGGGUGUAUGGGAAAGACAAGGAGGGGCGCAAGUAGGGUGAUGGGCAAGGCCAAAGAUACAGUGAAGGCGAACACGGGCCUCCUGCUCGUUGCGGCAUCCCAGCUGUUCUUCUCGAUGAUGAACGCGGCGGUGAAGCAGCUGAAUAGCAUCGACCCGCCUGUUUCUACUCUCGAGGUCAUAGCCGUGCGCAUGAGCAUAACGCUCGUGUGCUGCAUCGUCUACAUGCUGGCGACAAAAAUACCAGACCCCUUCCUCGGACCGAAGGGCGUUCGUGGCUUGUUGGCAUUCCGGGGGUUCAUAGGGUGGUUCGGCCUCUUCGGCGUGUACUACUCGCUCGAGUACCUCUCAUUGUCGGACGCGACGGUUCUGACGUUCCUCUCACCGAUGUGCACUGCCAUCGCGGGGACUAUUUUCCUAGGGGAGAACUUUACGAGGAGGGAGGCGUUCGCCGGGAUUGUCAGCUUGGUCGGCGUUGUCCUCAUCGCACGGCCGACGGCACUCUUCGGGGAGUCGGCGCACGCGCCCCAGGUCGAGAAGGGGACGCCAACGGACAGGCUCGUCGCUGUUGGAGUGGCGUUGAUCGGUGUGCUAGGAGCUACGGGUGCUUACACGACGAUCCGCGCUAUAGGCAAGCGCGCCCACGCGCUACACUCCAUGGCCUUCUUCUCGACGCUCUGUGUUGUCGUGUCGACGAUUGGAAUGCUCGCGACGAAGCAGCCGUUCGUUAUUCCCCAAAGGCUCGACUGGGCCGUGCUGUUUGUGAUGAUUGGGAUUUUCGGGUUCGUUGCACAGCUCCUCCUAACGAUGGGCCUCCAACGCGAGACCGCCGGCCGUGGCUCGAUGGCGAUCUACACCCAAGUCGUCUUCGCGUCCAUCUUCGAGCGCGUGUUCUUCCACGCCGUGCCCACCGCGCUCUCCGUCGUCGGGACGGUCCUGAUUCUGAGCUCGGCAAUUUACGUUGCUUUAACUAAAGACACUCUGCCAAAGACGGGCGGUAAAGUAGGUUCAGGCGCAGGUGGUGCUGCGGUGAGCUUGAGACGGCUCUCGAGAGAUGCCGAGAUGGAGGAGGGCCUUCUGAGCGGCCAACAGCAGGAAGAGGGUCGUUCGGGCAAGGAGACGAAGUAG